AUGAAGGGUUUAUUUGUCUAUCUUGCUGUCUUGGUUAGCUCUGGAGUUUGUACGCAGCAGGAACCUCUUCAAUGGGGUUCUUCCAGCAGCCCCCGACCUCAAGAGUCGUACGAGUUCAAGUGGCCUAUCAAGAAGGUCGCCGUCAUUGGGACUGGCGUCGGAGGCCUCCAAGCUUACCGGGAACUCACCCAACACGGCUUCGCAGUUGACAUUUACGAGCGCGACAACGUGCCUGGCGGGAACUGGCACUACACGGACGAAACGCCUUUGGAUGCUCCCAUCCCUAAUGCGCCUAUUGCUGUGGGGGAUUAUGAACCUUCCCUGCCGCCCGCGGGUGUGGUGUACCCGUAUACGGAGGAGUAUACGGAUGAAGAGUAUGUGAGGGAGGUGAGGAGGGCGCAUCGUGCGCCGAAGCCGAUCUGGGAGUCGCUAAGGUCGAAUGCGCCUGCUCCCAUUCAGCAGAUUCGGGAGACGCCUUGGCCGAAAGGAACCGAGUGGGAGCUCCCUCAUGCCAAAUUGGCGCGAUACAUUCGAGCGUUCGCUUCGUGGCAUGGCGUCAACACCAACGAUGGCAAUCCUCACGCUUUCUACAAUACCCGUGUUGAACGUGUUGAGAAGAGGUACAAUGCGGACGGGUCUGAGGCUGGAUGGUCGCUCGUUGCGAAGGAGCUCGUGAAGGAUGCGAACAAGACGCGAGCUACUUGGUACAAGAGGAAUUAUGAUGCUGUGGUGGUGGCCACUGGACGAUACAAUGCGCCCAACGUACCGGCUAUCAGUGGACUCGAAGAGUGGAACAAGAAGUUCCCUGGUCACCUUUUACACUCGCGGCAGUAUCGUCACCCUCAACCGUUCAAGGGCAAGACUGUGUUGGUGAUCGGCGCAGCGACCAGCGGCGGAGAAAUUGCUCGAGAGGUUAUCACACAGGCCAAGCAGGUAUAUGUGUCCAUUCGGCCUGACAAAUUCCGAGGACCGCACUUUGCACUCACCGACCACCUCAGGCGUCUCCCGGCCAAUAUCACGCUUAUUGGCGAGAUAAAGAGCUUCAACGAUCCCUCAGGCUCAAUACAAGCCAGCGAGAUUCAGCUCGUCAACGGCACUGUCAUCACUGGUGUAGACAAUGUUAUCUUCGGAACCGGGUAUCGAUACACCUAUCCCUUCCUCUCUGACUACAUCAAUCCCAGCCUGGGGCCCAAAGACGAGCUUCCUCGCGAAGAGGGUGUGAUCCAGCCCAUCAUCACUGAUGGUACUCACGUCCGAUCGCUCUACCUCGACGCUUUCUACAUCCCUGAUCCUACGCUUCUCUUCAUCAAUGCAAACUUUGGAAUGCAGUCCUUCACCUACGCCGAGUUUGUCUCUCUCGCCGCUGCGAAGGUGUGGUCUGGAAAAGCCGACCUACCGAAUACCGCCGCUUUGUGGGCAGCCUACGACGAAACUGUGAAAGACCGACUGGGCUAUGGACGACAUUUCCAGUUCUUGGGGACCGAGCGGACGAAGGCCUCUUUGAGGUUCUUUGUUUCGUGGUUGAAUGAGGCGGCUGUCAAGUAUGGCGGGAGGCAGAUCGACCAGUUGCCCAAGGAGAACGAUGAGAUUAGCAGGAUUUGGGCUGGUGCGCGGUGGGGCAACCCAAAUCGUGGUUCCAGUCAUCCGAAUAAUCUUCUCCCUGAAGAUGACGGUGUAGCGAUUGAUGGCUCUGAGCCGUGGGUUCAGGACUCUGUCUACAGCGAUUGGUGGUAG